GCCGCGUGCCGCAGUGGGCCCGGCCGAGAGCAGCGGAGCCGGCCCCAGCGCAGCCAUGGCCGCGGGGCCCCCCGCCGCCCGCCGCCUUCCUCCUCUCCUCCUCUUCUUCCUCCUCCUCCUCCCGCUGCUCUGCCUGCGCGGCCGCGGCCAGAGCUUCGGGCAGACGCGCUUCAUCUGCACCUCGGUGCCGCUGGACGGGGACAUGUGCGCCGCCUCCGCGCCGGGCGGCGAUUCUAACGCCGAGGAGCUGAAGAGCACCGUGCUGCAGCUGCGGGAGACGGUGCUGCAGCAGAAGGAGACCAUCAUCAACCAGAAGGAGACGAUCCGGGAGCUGACGGCCAAACUGGGCCGGUGCGAGAGCCAGAGCGCGCUGGAGCCGCUGCCCGGCGGGGCGGGCAGGAAGGCCGCCUUCCCCAAAAACACCAUGGGGGACCUGUCGCGGGCUCCCGCGGCCGAGACCCUCAGCCAGCUCGGGCAGACGCUGCAGUCCCUGAAGACCAGGCUGGAGAACCUCGAGCAGUUCAGCAGGAUGAACUCCUCCGGCCAGAGCAACAGCCUGAAGGACAUCCUGCAGAACAAAAUCGACGACCUGGAGAAGCAGGUGCUGUCGCGAGUGAACAGCCUGGAGGAGGGCAAGUUCGGCCCCCGGAACGACUCCGAGGAGCGCGGCAAGAUCGAGAGCACCCUCACCUCGCUGCACCAGCGCAUCACCGACCUGGAGAAAGGCCAGAAGGACAACCGGCCCCCGGACAGGUUCCAGCUCACCUUCCCGCUGCGCACCAACUACAUGUACGCCAAGGUGAAGAAGAGCCUGCCCGAGAUGUACGCCUUCAGCGUCUGCAUGUGGAUGAAGUCCAACGCCUCCCCCGGCAUGGGCACCCCCUUCUCCUACGCCGUGCCCGGGCAGGCGAACGAGCUGGUGCUCAUCGAGUGGGGCAACAACCCCAUGGAGAUCCUCAUCAAUGACAAGGUGGCCAAGCUGCCUUUUGUCAUCAACGACGGCAAGUGGCACCACAUCUGCGUCACCUGGACCACCCGGGACGGCGUGUGGGAAGCCUACCAGGACGGCACGCAGACCGGCAGCGGCGAGAACCUGGCACCCUACCACCCCAUCAAACCCCAGGGGGUCCUGGUGCUGGGCCAGGAGCAGGACACGCUGGGCGGCGGGUUCGACGCCACGCAGGCUUUCGUGGGGGAGCUGGCCCACUUCAACGUGUGGGACAGGAAGCUGAGCCCCGGGGAGGUGUACGGCCUGGCCACCUGCAGCACCAAGGCGCUCUCGGGCAACGUCAUCGCGUGGGCAGAGGCCAACAUCGACGUCUACGGCGGGGCCACUAAGUGGACUUUCGAGGCCUGUCGCCAGCUCAACUAGAGCCAUGGACAAGCGAGAGAAACCUUCUCAUUGGGUUCUUUUUUCUUAUUUUUGUGUUGGUUUUUUUUUGUUUGUUUGUUUGUUUUUUUGUUUUUGUUUUGUUGUGCAAAAACAACUGAGAACGAAGCCACCUGUCUUGUCCCGAGGAGCGGGGAUGCCCUGGCCAUGGGGCCGCCCGCCCCCGGAGCCCCACGACCCUCCGGUUUCUGUCUUGCCAACGUCCUUCAACGCCUGCGUGCCUUGGCCUGGCGCGGCUGCGCCCCCCUCCCGCCACCCCCCCCCGGGCCUGGACCCUGCUUUGCUGCUGCCUUCCCCCCCCUCCACCCCCCGCCGGGGUGGCCCCGCUUUCCCCGGGGAACUGACGCCUUAAAAGGCUGCAGGACCCGGACCAGAGCCCCCCCUCAGGGCUCCUCUCCCUCCAGCCUGAAGCCCCCCCCAGAGGCAGGGGAGGGUUGCAUCCCCCCCCACCUCAGUUGUGCUCCCUCCCAGGAGCCAGGGGUGCAGCAGCGGCCAGGACUCUGAGGAGGGGGUGACCCCCCCCAUUCUCAACCCCCCCUCUUGGGCGAGCCCCGUCGCCCCCUUCCCCGGCCGGCGCCGCUCCUGAGCACCACAGCCAUAGCCCCGGGCUGCGGCGGGCACCGGGACGGGCCCCUCCCGGAUGGGACCCCCCCGCCGGCCCCGCUCCCCGACCUGCCGCACUCAGGUACGUCCCCCCAGCCCUGCCGCCUGCAGCCCCCCGAGGCCUCCUACGUGCCGUAGCUGGUGAAAAAUAGCCUUUACUGUCCCCUGGAAGUUUAGCUACCACUGAAAAGUCUGAAGCCUUUCUGCUUUUGAUAAUACACUAUGUUGUUUCUCUUACUGUAAAGGGAAGUUUAUUACCAAUAAAAAAAAAAGGGUAUUUUUAUGAAGAUUAAAAAAAACCUAUAGAAUUAAGCAGUGCUCCCUGAGAAAAAAAGUACUUUGAGAUUCUGCAGGAAAAAAAAAAAAAAAAAAGAGAUAAAGAAGAGUAUUUUGAAAUAAUAGAUGCAUUUUGUAUGG